GUACGGCAUGGUGCACGUGGUCUCCGAGGCUGGGGGCCCCAGAGGCAAAGACUACUGCAUCCUCUACAACCCGCAGUGGGCCCAUCUGCCGCAUGACCUCAGCAAGGCGUCUUUCCUGCAGUUGCGCAACUGGACGGCCUCCCUGCUCUGCUCCGCAGCGGACCUCCCUGCCCACGGCUUUGGCAACCAGAUCCCGCUGGUGGCCCGGGGGAACUGCACCUUCUAUGAGAAAGUGAGGCUGGCCCAGGGCAGCGGAGCACGCGGGCUGCUCAUCGUCAGCAGGAGAGGUCCCCCCGGGGGCAAUAAGACGCAAUAUGAUGAGAUUGGCAUUCCUGUGGCCCUGCUCAGCUACAAAGACAUGUUGGACAUCUUCAGGCGUUUCGGCCGCAUGGUGAGGGUGGCACUGUAUGCGCCUCAUGAGCCAGUGCUGGACUACAACAUGGUCGUCAUCUUCAUCAUGGCCGUGGGCACUGUCGCCAUCGGCGGCUACUGGGCCGGGAGUCGGGACGUGAAGAAAAGGUACAUGAAGCACAAGCGCGACGACGGGCCCGAGAAGCAGGAGGACGAGGCGGUGGACGUGACGCCAGUGAUGACCUGCGUGUUCGUGGUGAUGUGCUGCUCCAUGCUGGUGCUGCUCUACUACUUCUAUGACCUCCUCGUGUACGUGGUCAUCGGGAUCUUCUGCCUGGCCUCCGCCACCGGCCUGUACAGCUGCCUGGCGCCCUGUGUGCGGCGGCUGCCCUUCGGCAAGUGCAGGAUCCCCAACAACAGCCUGCCCUACUUCCACAAGCGCCCGCAGGCCCGCAUGCUGCUCCUGGCGCUCUUCUGCGUGGCCGUCAGCGUAGUGUGGGGUGUCUUCCGCAAUGAGGACCAGUGGGCCUGGGUCCUCCAGGACGCCCUGGGCAUCGCCUUCUGCCUCUACAUGCUGAAGACCAUCCGUCUGCCCACCUUCAAGGCCUGCACACUGCUGCUGCUGGUGCUGUUUCUCUACGACAUCUUCUUCGUGUUCAUCACGCCCUUCCUGACCAAGAGUGGGAGCAGCAUCAUGGUGGAGGUGGCCACGGGGCCCUCGGACUCAGCUACCCGUGAGAAGCUGCCCAUGGUCCUGAAGGUGCCCAGGCUGAACCUCUCACCUCUGGCUCUGUGUGACCGGCCCUUCUCCCUCCUGGGUUUCGGAGACAUUUUGGUGCCAGGGCUGCUGGUGGCCUACUGCCACAGGUUCGACAUCCAGGUACAGUCCUCCAGAGUAUACUUCGUGGCCUGCACCAUCGCCUAUGGCGUUGGCCUCCUGGUGACGUUCGUGGCGUUGGCCCUGAUGCAGCGUGGCCAGCCCGCUCUCCUCUACCUGGUGCCCUGCACGCUGGUGACAAGCUGCGCCGUGGCACUCUGGCGCCGGGAGCUGGCCGUGUUCUGGACGGGCAGCGGCUUUGCGGUGAAUACCAGUUUGCUCUGACUGUGAGAAACAGUCGCCUAGUGAGCCGUAACUAGAGUUCAAAAAGUCCUACCUCCAUCUCCGUGGGCCCCAGCGCCAGCCGACAGCCUGCAGCCUCCCAAAGACUCGGCCACACCGCUGUCCCCGCAGCCACCCGGCAAAGAACCAGCCACACCUCCCCAGCCUGCGGAGCAGCCCCCAGAACCCUGUGUGCCCGAGGAGACGGGGGCUGGAGCCGCCACGCGGGAGCCUGGGAGCCCGGCUGAACCCGAGGGCCGGGACCAGGCCCAGCCGUGCCCGGUAGCUCAGCCUGGCGCCUUGGCCUAGGGGAGGGGUGAGACGCUCGCUGCCGUGCCCGCCAUACCAAGAUGUUGGGGCUGCCUGGCGCCUGCUGGAGACAGACGGACAGAUGCCUGUCCCCGGCACUGAGGCCUGUGCUGUCCCCACCCGCCCCAACAUGGUGCUCAUCCUUGCCGAGACCCCCGUGGUCCGUGCCCGCGCCCAGCCCAGCUGCCCCGGCUGCACGCCUGCUGCUCCAAGCUCGCCCGGCUGCCACAAGCCCUCUGCGGGUCCGUCCUCCUCCCCACUGGAGUCCGUCCUCGCAGGCCCUGCCCGGCCUCUCUGCAGACCCUCAAGCGCCGUCUGCAUGAGUGAGCAGGCGUGGGUGGACUCUGGCCGCAGACACACUUGGUGCUCACCGGCCGCUUCGUCCUUCAGGUGACCUUCCUCCCCACGGCAUCCUGUUCUCGGGCGGAGGAGCAGCUUUGUCUCCCAGAAGGCAUCGCUUUUCCCUCUUGAGCAGAUCGGAGCCCCUGGGAGGUUUGGAAGCCACCUCCAAGCCUAGGACACGGCCUGGUGGCCGGGGCGGCAUCUGGACCCUGACGCUGACUGAGACAGGCCUGUGGGGCAGGGUUUCGGGGUGUGAACGAGGCUGGCAGUGAGUGGACAAGCUGUUCCCCUGGCUCAGGCCCCGCCCUGCCCUCAGCCGGAGGCACCUGGCCGUGCCUGCACACUCCUCCCCGUUUUAAUAAACAGUCGCAACUUCUAGAAGUCCUGCUGGUGCCACCUGGUGGGGUGGACAUCUCAGACUGCCCUUCUGACAAGCAGGGGUAGGCGCCAGGCAGGCUGGGUCAGGCCCUCGGGGGUCCCUGGGGCCCUGGGAGGGAGGGACUGGGCUGCGGGAGGUCCUGGCUGCUCCUGGCACCCAACCUCACUCCCCGCGUGGGCCCUGUGUUGCUUUUCCGCCGAGAGGGGCUUGGGCCUGGGUUCUCCCUGUGGCAGCGGCAUUGGUGCGUGGUUCUUAACCCUCUGGACCCAGCAUCUAGGAGCUUCUGGAACCCACGAGGACAUCUGCCACUGGCGUGGUCUACUCACUGAUGAGGUUCUCCUGACUCCGGGGCAGAGACGUCCAUGCAGGAACUGACUGAGGCGUGGCCCCAGGCCCUGGCAUCCUCUGCUCGCUGACCAAGGUGUGGCCCCAGGCCCUGGCAUCCUCCCCUCGCUGCACGUGGUCACUUCCGAAGCAGCGCUCCCUGUGGCCGCAGCGACAGAGCCUGCACCCUGGCUGUCUGCGGCGCCAGGGCCCCAGCUCCCGCCUGCCACCCGCCCUGUCCUCGCAGCCUCCAGACUCGAGUCCAGAAUCUGUUUCUGUCAAGUCAGUCACCCCCAGCUGCACACGGGGACGCUGAGCGCUGCGCUCUCACGGGUCUGUUCCCGUCAGAGGGUGGCAGGGGUGAGCCCCGAUCCCUUCCAGAGAAUACCAGCUUCCCAGGGAGUAAUGGCACCUUCACUGAAGCCAUUUUGUACAUGGGGACAGGGUGGGACCUCUCUUUUUUGGUGUUGGACGUUGGACCAUUGGGGAGGGUUCAGAGGCGGCGGUCCUGUCCUUGACUCCGUCUGUCCGUGUGGCCUUGCUGCCGUUCAGUCUGAUCAUUAAACACAGCUUUUGAUACACGUG